CCAUUUUUUUUUCAGUGUACAUAUUUUAAAAACAAAAGUGUAGAAUUGUGUAGAGUUUUUUUUUCGAGUGACGGUGACAGUCGCACAGAGUGUUCUGAAAUUAAAUUUUGUUUUAUCUCGAUCGAUAACGACGGAAAAAUGUUGGAAACAAAAAAGAAAGAUUUUAAUCGUUUGAAGAGCAACCUGGAGGAUUGGAGAGAACUGCUGGUCAUUUUCCAUGACUUGCUACAGUGGAAGUUGCCUUACAGUCCGGUCGUUAUCGCCAGUUCCGUGACAGUGUUCUUUUCGCUCCUCUGGUGGUUGAAUUUGACCGUCGUCACGCAGUUGGCUUUGCUCCUGUUGGCCGCGUUCGUCGGGAACUUUUGCUACCCGUCAAUCGCAAAAAUUGUCUUCAAGCCGGAAAAAUGGGCCGGCGUACAGGAAAAACACUUGGACAUUGUCGUUGGCAAGAUGUUAGAUUUAAGCGAAUCGGUCACCGGUUGCUGGAAUUCGUUCUUUUGGAACCAGCACGAUAAAUCAGUGGCGCAUAUCGUAAAGGUUAGCGCAGCUUUACUGUUCAUGGCGUGGAUCGGAGCAAGUGUGAACAACUUGCUGCUAUGCUAUUUGGUAUCGAUGACACUAGGUUUGUGGCCCGGAUUAUCGCAAAUGGAGGAAUUUCAGACCAAACUCGAUAUGAUCAAAUCAAAAAUAUCAUUUUUCAACACUCACGACAAAACUAAGUAGUUUCUUUAUAUCCUAGUGGAAGUAUUUGUAAUAUGUAUCGCGCCAUACGCUCAAUAUCAGCUUUCCUCAACAAGGUCGCCAUUUAAUACCAAAAUAAGCACAUUUUAUUGAUCUCCAAUUAUAACGCUUAAGAGAA